UGGCUGCUGCAUCCUCGAGCUCAUCCGAAACCAUAUGAAGUUGGACAGAGAAAGAUAAGAAAAUGAGAGCAGCAAGCACAAGGUGUGCGUGAGAGACUGUGUGUGCGCGCGCGCGUGUGUAUGUGAGCGAGAGUGUGUGCGCGCGCGCGUGUGUGUAUGUGAGUGUGUGUGUGUGUGUGCGUGAGAGAGAGAGAGAGAGAGAGAGAGAGAGAGAGAGAAGCGCGCGCGCGCGUGUGUGUGUAUGUUCGGUAAGAAGGGAAAUAAAAAAGACGAGAGACCGGGGGGGCAGCCAGCUCGAAGCGGCGGGCAACACCGAGCCAUGGAGGGCGAUGUACGUGUCCGAGCGGUGGUGAUGACACGUGACGAUUCUAGUGGUGGCUGGGUGCCCCUUGGUGGUGGCGGCCUCAGUCACGUGAUCAUUUGUAAGGGGCGGAGUUCUGAAGGUCGUGGGCGAAGAGAGUACGUCAUACGUGGUGAACGGCUACGCGAUCGAGCAGUGAGUGUCCUGUGCUGGAAUGCACCAUUCAAAAGGCUAUGGUCUAUAACAAGGUGAACCCCAUCUUCCAUCACUGGCGUGUGGAGGAGAAGAAGUUUGGCCUGACCUUCCAGAGUCCAGCUGACGCCAUCUCCUUUGAGAGGGGGCUUCAAAGUGUCCUUGAGAAGCUGGACAGAGGAUCUGACUCACCAUCCUCCUCGACACCUGAAGAGGGCGAUACUGAGGAUGACGGUCAAGCAUCUCAUACAGGGAGUGAGUCGUCGUCCAAUAGCAGAAAAGAGAUGCUUCCCAAACCCAUCACCAUUGUGACCAGUGAGUCCUCCUCUACCUGUUUUGUGCGCUCCACAGAGGAGUUUGCGUAUGGAACAGGCCAUGCUGUUACAACACAGACCCCAGCCCAGAUCCACACCCGACCUGCCCAGCACCAGCUCACCCAAGUUACAGCUGUGUUGAACCCUCCAGCACCUCCUCCACCGCCUCCAGCUCCCCCAACUCCUCCCAUAGUGCCACCCCCUGCCUCUCCCCUCUCUCCACUCUCACCCACCAUCUCCCUGCUGGAGGAGGGCGACCUCCGCAGUCUUGACCCAUGCAAGGACCUAUGGGGUACACGAGGAUACGAGGACUACCGACGCGCCGGUGUUACACUGACCAAGGUAGGGGGGCUGACGGGGGGCGUGGUCGUGGGAGCUGGCCAGGACAAGACAGAGCUUUGUGUGGUGCGCUUUGAGAAAGAACUGGCCGGCAUAGGCACCACAGACUGCGAGGUCACCGUCAUGCUGGACACCAAAGGUCACUCUUCGCCCACUUGCAUACCCAACGCUGUGCCCGGGGUGUCCUCUGCCGGCAGCUCCCCACAGGAGACAGGCAAAGGCUCGCCCUCUCCAUGCUGCAUCCACACCUCGCUCGCCACGCCCCGCUCUCGGACUCGCAAGCGAGGGGGCGGCGGAAGCAGCGCAGCAGGGGAAGCCAUCUCGCCCGACGACGACAGCUCCUGCCCUCAAGGCUCCUCCUCCUGCUCGUCGCGCUGCGUGUACUGCCGUUCUGUCUUCAGCGCCUCAGAGAACGGACGAGGCCGCUGCCGGGACGCUCCCGACCCGGCGCUACACUGCCUGCGCCAGUGGACAUGCGUGUGGUGCGCAGAGAGCCUGCUCUACCACUGCAUGUCGGACUCUGAGGGCGAGUUCUGGGAGCCGUGCUCGUGCGAGGACUCGAUGGGAAGGCGGCCGCACCCGCUGUGCUGCGCCCGCUGGAUGGCACUGCUGGCGCUGUCUCUUUUCGUGCCCUGCAUUUGCUGCUAUCUACCCCUGCACGCAUGCCUGCGCUGUGGGGAGAGAUGUGGUUGCUGCGGAGGAAAGCACAAGGCCGUGCGAUGAGGCCUGAUGGGGGGAGGGAUUUGGGGAGGGAGGGCGGGCCUUGUUUUGGUGGCGAAGGGAGCACAAAGACAUUGUCAUUCAAGAAACAGCUCUAGAGCCAGGUCUCCUACAUAACCCUUCACGAUUAUAACCCCCCCCCCCUCCCUCCCUCCCUCCCUCCACGGCUGUCUGCUGCAUUCUGCUCUUUCUAUUCUUUACCUAGACCCUUAAUGGUCAUACCAAUAGUGGGUGCAUGGGCAGAAGAGAUGAUUCCGGUGGUCUCUAAGUCUGAGCUCUCUUAUUUGCUGAUUUUUGGGGUUAUGGGGUCCACUCUGGGAGGUGGGGAGUGAAUGGGGAUCAGUGAUGUGUAAUCGGUUUCAAUUGUUAGUUUUCUUUUUUUUUAUUUGGGGAGGAAAUACGAGAUGAAAAACAUGUUUAUAUGUAUGGAUAUCAGACCGUUUAUGAGUAUCUUAUUUUACUUGAACUCUUGAAAGAUUUUCAAUAUUUUUUUAAUUGGUUUAAUGAAGACACUUCCCUUUUACUUAGUUUUACCUCAAUGUCCUGAGGAGAGGAAGACAGAUAGAGAAAGAGACAUUUGUUUUUGGGCCUGUGUUUUGUGGAGAAGUUUUGUAUAUGAACAAAACAUAUUGUGAAGGAGAACAUUUUGAUAUUGUACCACUUUCAGUUGUUUAAGAAUAGGGAACAUAACUGGAUCCAGUAUGAUAUCAGACACAGUCAAGGAGAGGUUUCACAAAAACCACCUUCACCACAUGCGGACCUAGACAUGCUCAUUCGUCUGUCAUAAAUAUACAUGUAUUUAACUUGCCAACAACCAAGAACGUUGCCUAUAUUUCAAUUGUAGACCAAAAAACAGUGGAAUGAUAAUCUUGACCAGAAUCUGUCGAACAUUUGCUCAGCAAAUGCUGAACUGAGGCCUUGAAAUGUAGUUGUAGACACCACCAAAAAUACAGUGCAAUUAGUGAUUAGAAAGAGAGACUAUAAAUGAGCAAAUGAUUGUUGUGUAUGACACAACACUUUGACUCUACCUGUUAGUAUGGCAACAAUAGAAGUACUCAAUCAUUAACUAUAAUGGGUUAUACAGCACCUCAAGUGUGCUUUUGGGCCCUGUCACAGUGAAGAAUAUCAACAAAUCAGUUCAAACGCUGCCUGGCGUAAGAGUUUUGACCUCAAAGUCUUUAGAAAUAUUGCUUUAAAAUAUCUCAAAGCUGCUAUUUAAAUUCCCAUAAACUUGUCUUUACCUCUGCUGCUACUAAUAGGUUAUUGAAAUCAGACAACCCAUGAUUUAGACAAUGGCCCAAAAUCAUGUCAGAGGAAAAAAUAUCUAACUCCAAAAAAAGUUUCCAUUUAGUGUAUCAGGAAGUGUCGAGUUACAUAGGAAUCAAAGUUGUAUUAAACUAUGAUUAGUCACUUUAAAAGAAAAAGGGUUCUAAACACAUGCAUUGCAUAUCAUUAUCCAAGUUCCACCUAGACUCAUUUCAGUCCAUUUUUAAAGACACAUUUUAAAAUUUAAGACACACUCUCAUACACAUUCACACUUUCUGGGUCCUAAAGUCCUAAAACUAGCACUGGAAAAAAAAAGAGAGAGAGAACUUUGAGAGAUGAGACCACCCUUGAGGGCCCUAAUCAUACAUCCUAUUAAUAAAUGUGCCUUUUGAUUUAUUUAACCAAUAACCUAUCAUUUCUAAGUAACGAUGUAACUAAAUACUCAUUUUCUUUUUUUUGGA